GUGCGCAGUGUGAGACAAUACGGACGCGGGAGUGGCGGUUGGAAGUGACGUCAUUUUGUACACUUUUCAGCCAAGAUGGCUGACAGCAUCCCACUGAAUCCUAUGCGAAACAAUUUCAAGAAGCACCUUUAUUACAAUGCUGGCACACCUCUCAGGUAUCAAAUCGAAGACGAGGCCUCAAAUCUCGACGAGAUGCCACUGAUGAUGUCCGAGGAGGCUUUUGAGAGUGACGAAAGCGAUUACCACACUCUUCCCAGAGCCAGGCUCAGACAAAGGCACCACGGCUUGGGCUGGUUCCUCUGUGGAGGCUGGAAGGUGUUGUGUGGAAGAUGCUGCGAGUAUCUGGCUCAUGUGUGCCGAAGGAAGAAGGAGCUGAAGGCUCGAACCGUCUGGCUGGGCCAUCCUGAAAAAUGUGAGGAGAAGUACCCAAAAAAUGCCAUCAAAAACCAGAAAUACAACAUCCUGACCUUCGUGCCAGGGGUUUUAUACCAGCAGUUCAAGUUUUUCCUCAACUUGUAUUUCUUGGUGGUGGCCUGCUCCCAGUUUGUGCCGUCCCUGAAAAUCGGUUAUCUUUACACCUACUGGGCGCCGCUGGCUUUUGUGUUGGCCGUCACCAUGGUGAGAGAGGCCGUGGACGAGGUCCGCCGCUACAGGAGGGACAAAGAGAUGAAUUCUCAGAUGUACAGCAAGCUCACAGUCCGAGGCAAAGUCCAAGUGAAGAGCUCAGACAUACAAGUUGGAGACCUCAUCAUCAUCGAGAAGAAUCAGAGAGUUCCAGCUGAUAUGAUCUUUCUAAGAACUACAGAAAAGUCUGGAGCGUGCUUUAUCAGGACGGACCAGCUCGAUGGAGAAACUGACUGGAAACUGAAGGUCGCUGUGGCCUGCACUCAGAGGCUACCUGCGCUGGGGGAUUUGUUCUCCAUCACUGCAUAUGUGUAUGCGCAGAAGCCUCAGCUGGACAUACACAGUUUUGAAGGAAAUUUUACUAGGGAGGACUGUGACCCUCCCGUCCAUGAGAGCCUGAGCAUUGAGAACACGCUUUGGGCCAGCACCGUGGUUGCAUCAGGUACUGUAAUAGGUGUUGUCGUUUACACUGGAAAGGAGAUGAGGAGUGUAUUGAACACAUCUCAGUCUAAGAACAAGGUGGGACUGUUGGACCUGGAGUUAAAUCGUCUGACUAAGGCCUUGUUCCUGGCCCAGGUGGUGCUGUCGAUCGUCAUGGUGGCUCUGCAGGGUUUCAUCGGGCCCUGGUUCCGUAACCUGUUCCGCUUCGUAGUGCUCUUCUCCUACAUCAUCCCCAUCAGUCUGAGGGUUAAUCUGGACAUGGGGAAGUCAGCAUAUGGCUGGAUAAUCAUGAAGGACGAGAAUAUCCCUGGCACCGUAGUGAGAACCAGCACUAUCCCCGAAGAGCUUGGCCGCAUCGUCUACCUUCUCACUGACAAAACAGGCACUCUCACGCAGAAUGAGAUGGUGUUUAAACGACUCCAUCUGGGCACCGUGUCAUACGGAAUAGACACCAUGGACGAGAUCCAGAGCCAUAUUAUACAGUCAUACGCUCAGGUGAGCUCAGCUGUGUCUAAUGGCAACAGUGCUAGCUCUACACCGUCCCAUAAGGCACCUCCAUCCGGGCCCAAGGUCCGCAAGAGCGUGAGCAGUCGCAUUAAUGAGGCUGUGAAGGCCAUCGCCCUGUGCCACAAUGUCACACCCGUCUAUGAAUCCCGUACUAACGGUGCCAGCGCUGAGCCUGAGGGCACGGAGGCUGACCAGGACUUCAGCGAUGCCAAUCGAACAUAUCAGGCCUCUAGCCCAGAUGAGGUGGCCCUGGUGCAAUGGACAGAGAGUGUGGGUCUGACCCUGGUGAACAGAGACCUGAGCUCACUACAACUGAAGACUCCAGCAGGACAGAUCCUGACUUUCUGCAUCCUGCAGGUCUUCCCCUUCACCUCCGAGAGCAAGCGUAUGGGCAUCAUCGUCCGGGAGGAGGCCACUGGUGAGAUCACGUUUUACAUGAAGGGAGCAGAUGUUGCCAUGGCCAGUAUUGUGCAGUACAAUGACUGGCUUGAGGAAGAGUGUGGAAACAUGGCCAGAGAGGGUCUUCGGACAUUGGUGGUUGCUAAGAAGUCUCUGUCCGAGGAGCAGUACCAGGACUUUGAGAGUCGUUAUAACCAGGCGAAGCUGAGCCUGCAUGACCGAGCUCUGAAGGUUGCCGCGGUGGUUGAAAGUUUGGAGAGGGAGAUGGAGCUGCUGUGUGUGACCGGUGUAGAGGAUCAGCUGCAGGCUGACGUCAGACCUACGCUGGAGCUUCUGCGUAAUGCUGGCAUCAAGAUCUGGAUGUUGACCGGAGACAAGCUUGAGACCGCUACAUGCAUAGCCAAGAGUUCUCAUCUGGUGUCCAGAAAUCAAGAUAUACACGUCUUCAGGCCGGUGUCUAACCGAGGCGAGGCCCACCUGGAGCUGAACGCUUUCAGGAGGAAACACGACUGUGCUCUGGUGAUCUCAGGAGACUCUCUGGAGGUUUGUCUGCGUUACUAUGAGCACGAGUUUGUGGAGCUGGCGUGUCAGUGCCCGGCUGUGGUGUGUUGUCGCUGUUCUCCCACACAAAAGGCCCAGAUUGUUAAACUACUGCAGCAACACACAGCCAACAGAACCUGUGCUAUUGGUGAUGGAGGAAACGAUGUCAGUAUGAUCCAAGCCGCAGACUGUGGUAUCGGCAUUGAAGGGAAGGAGGGGAAGCAGGCAUCUCUGGCUGCAGAUUUCUCCAUAACACAGUUUAAACACAUUGGAAGGCUGCUGGUGGUGCACGGGCGGAACAGCUACAAGCGCUCCGCAGCCCUCGGCCAGUUCGUCAUGCACCGCGGCAUGAUCAUCUCAACCAUGCAGGCCGUGUUUUCCUCUAUUUUCUACUUUGCGUCUGUUCCUCUGUACCAGGGCUUUCUCAUGGUCGGCUAUGCUACAAUCUACACGAUGUUCCCAGUGUUCUCUCUGGUGCUGGAUCAGGAUGUAAAGCCAGAGAUGGCAAUGCUUUACCCUGAGCUUUAUAAAGACCUUACCAAGGGACGCUCCUUGUCAUUUAAAACCUUUCUUAUUUGGGUCUUGAUAAGUGUGUAUCAAGGGGGCAUCCUGAUGUAUGGUGCGCUAGUGCUUUUCGAUCAGGAGUUUGUGCAUGUCGUGGCCAUCUCAUUCACGGCUCUGAUUCUUACCGAGCUUUUGAUGGUUGCACUGACUGUACGGACCUGGCACUGGCUCAUGGUCGUGGCAGAGUUCUUCAGCCUCGGGUGCUACCUCGCCUCGCUCGCCUUUCUGAAUGAGUACUUUGGCAUAGGUAGAGUGUCCUUAGGAGCCUUCCUGGAUCUGUCAUUCAUCACGACGGAGACAUUCCUAUGGAAAGUGUGUGUGAUCACACUGGUCAGCUGCCUGCCUCUGUACAUCAUCAAGUACCUGAAGCGCAAGUUUUCGCCACCCAGUUACUCGAAGCUGUCCUCCUGAGCUGAGCAACUCUUACACAGGCACAGCAUCAAAGCACACACACGUAUAUAGCAGCUUUAUAGACACUAUAGCAGGCAUAGUGACUGUAGCUGUCAGGUUUGGAGACCUCUUAGAGCUUUAUGAAGCUGGUAUGUCUGGUUUAAGUGUCUAAUUAAUGAGGUAUGCCUCUUGCUGUAGAGAAUUACUGUGUCCAGUUUCUCAUUUUUCGCUGCGUUGUCAAUGGACAGCGUGUGCACUCGGCACAACAGGAAAUGUGCUGGGAAUACUUGGG